AUGAAUAAUGUUGAAAAGUUGAUUGUAAUUGGUAAAUCUGGAAUACAUCUUUUAGAUUCUAAUGGUAGAAUUGAUCAAACAAUUUCUAAUGAGAGUAUGAUAAGUGAUGUGAAUGGAUGUGUUAUAUCAAAGAAUAAGUUAUGUAUUUCAUUAUUAGAAAAAGCAAAAUUGAUUUUUAUAUCUCAAGAUCAAAUUUUUAGAGCUUCAGUUCCUGAAUUGAUGACAUCUAUUGAAUGUUCUAAUGAAGGUGAAAUAUUAUAUUGUGGUUCUAAAUCUGGUAAACUCUACGUUUGGAAUAUGAGAGAUGGUAAUUUGUUAUAUUGUGAACAAAUAUUUUAUAAUGAAGUGACUGAUUUGAAGUUGGAUGAACUUGAGAGUUCACUCUUACUAUCUUCUUCAAAUGGUGAUUUAACUCUUAUUAAACUCAUUGAUCUUUUCACUAAUAAUUUGAAACUUUUACAUUUUCUCGGACAUACUACACAUAUUCUUUCUGUAUCCAAUUAUAUUCCAAUAUUCAAUCUAAAUCAACUGGUUAAAUAUUGUGUAGGUUAG